GGCUGUUACAGAGAACUCGAGGAGAGAGAAAAUGGUGUCUGGCAGUGGUACCAAAGGGAGGCGGCGGCGGCGUCCUGUGACCUCCAGGCGCCACCAUGGUCAGCGGGCGGCGGCCGAUCGUACUUUCGGCCCAAAUUCCUGUCAAUAUUUAGCUUGUGCCAAUGCCCACCGAGCUGCCGCAUGGAGGAGAGACAGCAUUAACCCCCGGCGGACAUGGGGAGCGCCAGCGACAGCCGCAUCAGGCACACACUCGGUCAACGCCCAACCUUCUUGAGAUGAAGACUAAGAAUAAUUCACCUCCCAUGACAACAAGACAAGUGAUCAACAUAUAAUCACAUGAAGCUCUUGUUGUCGGGUUUCCCUCUACAGUUUUCUCAAUGCCCUAAGACUCGUGCCUCAGUAUGGAAGGGUUACAUAUUCCCUACCCCGGAAAGUAUCAAAAAGUAAGUCACACAGGCACGCAGACCAUCAUUCACCACCCCACCGGAUUUUACCCCAACUACAACCUCCAGGACGGCACCAUACACAACAGCGUCCCUAAUGCCCUUCAAAACAACCUCCAGAACACUGCUGCUCCUCUGACCAUAAAAGGCGAGAACAACUUGAUCGACGGUGACAAGCCGUACGAGUGUGACCGCUGCGGCAAGCGCUAUGCCCAGAAAAGCCACCUCACCAGUCACAUGCAAUGGCACACGAAAGAGAAGAACUAUGAGUGCAAAAUAUGUGACAAGCGCUUUUCUAUGGAGAGCCACCUCAAUGGCCACAUGCUCGAGCACAGCCGUGAAAAGAAGUUUGAAUGUGAGAUCUGUGGCAAGCGCUUUACUAUGGAAAACUACUUAACGAGUCACAUGCAAGCCCAUAUCACCGACAAGAAGUACGAGUGCGAGAUUUGCGACAAGCGUUUUGCCAUGCAGAACCACCUGAACAGUCACAUGCUAGUGCACUGCAUGGACCGUAAGUACGAGUGCGAAAUCUGCCGGAAGAGAUACACACAGCGGAGUCACCUAAACUCCCACAUGUUAAAACACAGCAAGGAGAAGAACCACGAGUGUCUCCUGUGCGGGAAGCGCUACAACAUGGAGAGCCACCUCAAGAGUCACAUGCUGGUGCAUAACGACCAGGACAAGAAGUUUGAGUGUCUGAUGUGUGGCAAACGUUUCCACAUGGAGGUGCAACUUACCAGCCACAUGGUGACCCACAACGAGGACCGCAAGUUUGAGUGCCCGCAGUGUGACAAGCGCUUCACUCUGGAGCUGCACCUCAACUCCCACAUGAUGGUGCACAUCACGGAGAAGAAGUUCGAGUGUCUUCUUUGCCACAAGCGCUUCGUCAUGGAGAGCCACCUGGUGAGCCACAUGCUGGUGCACAAUGAGAAGCGCUUCGAGUGUGAAAUCUGUGGUAAGCGCUUCAACAUGGAGAGCCACCUCAACAGCCACAUCCUGGUGCACACCGUCGAGAAGAACUUUGAGUGUGAAAUCUGCAACAAGCGCUUUGCCAUGGAGAACCACCUGGCCAGCCACAUGUUGGUGCACAGUGAGGACAAGAAGUACGAGUGUCAGGUGUGCCAGAAGCGCUUCAACAUGGAGUGGCACCUCACCAGCCACAUGCUGGUACACAACGAAGACCGUAAGUAUGAGUGUGAGCUGUGUGGCAAGCGCUUCACCAUGGAGAGUCACCUCAACUCCCACAUGCUGGUUCACAACGAGAAGAAGUUUGAGUGUCCGCUGUGCCCCAAGCGCUUUAACAUGGAGAGUCACUUGAGGAGCCACAUGUUGGUGCACAAUGAGAAGAAGUUUGCCUGUAUGCUGUGUUCCAAGCGUUUCCUCAUGGAGGCCCACCUGAACGCACACAUGAUGGUGCACAGCGAGGACAAGAACUUUGAGUGCAAUGUGUGUGGCAAGCGUUUCAACAUGGAGUGCCACCUCAACUCCCACAUGCUGGUCCACAACACGGACAAAAAGUUUGAGUGCCAGAUUUGCAACAAGCGCUUCAACAUGGAGAGCCACCUCAACUCCCACAUGUUGGUGCACAAUGAGAAGAAGUUUGAGUGUCCGCUGUGCAGCAAGAGGUUCAACAUGGAGAGCCACCUCAAUAGCCACAUGCUGGUCCACAGUGACAAGAACUUUGAGUGUGACGUCUGCGGCAAGCGGUUCAGCCAGAGCGCCCACCUCAACAGCCACCGGUUUGUCCACAGCCAGGAGAAGAAGUAUGAGUGCCAAGUGUGCCGAAAGAGGUUCCACCAGGAGAGCCACUUGACCAGCCACAUGUUUGUCCACUCUGAGGAGAAGCAGUUUGAGUGUGAGGAGUGCGGCAAGCGCUUCGGCCAGGAGAUCCACCUCAACAGCCACCGCUUCACCCACAGCGGGAAGAAGACGGAGUACCAGCAGAUCAUGACCAACUAUGUUAACAACCACAAGUACAUGAGUGAAGAGGACCGGCAGCACCAGUGUAACGUGUGUGGCAAACGCUUCAUCCACGAGAACCACCUCAACAUCCACAAGUUUGUGCACAAGGAGGAGAAGAAGUUCGCCUGCGAUAUAUGCGGCAAGCGCUUCUCCCAUGAGAGUUACCUGAGCAGCCAUCGCUAUGUUCACAACGAGAAGCGCUUCGAGUGCAAUCAGUGCGGCAAGAGGUUCUCCCAUGAGAGCUACCUGAACAGCCACAGCUUUGUUCACAACGAGCGACGAGAUGUCACCACCUUCCAGAAGCCACAGAUGCCAGUGGUGCAGAAGGAUCAGACCACUCACAUGCAGGUGCAGCAACCACAGGAGAAGAAGCCUUUCGAGUGUGAUGAGAACGGGAAGAUGUUGAUCCAGCAGACAUAUCAGCCGCCCUACGCCUACGCCCAGUGGGAACACGUGCGAACAUUGUGGUCUUUGUAAGCGUAGAGCUGUGGAAAUCCUUCUACGGAACCACUGUGACCAGGAACACUGUAGACCUAACCCAGCAGAUUUAUGUUGUGCAUUCGCUGCCUGAGGGCGCCCAAGCCUUGAUUUUAUGUUUUUGAAAUGACUGAACUGACUGUUGACUCAUGUAACUUGUUGAAACCGACACUGCAGGAAAGACUGAAGUGAUGCGACUGUUCAUGUGGUGUCUGAAAUAUCAAAAAAUAGUUGUCUACGUCCCUACUGGACACAACACAAAAACUUGUUGAGAGAAAGAUUGGUGAACUCUGCAAGAACUUAUCCAACCCUAAAAAGACAGUUGAUGGAUACAGUGUGUGCAUUGAGAAAAAGUGUAGAGUGAAACCCGAACAUUGUGAAAAAACUGAGGGAAACCGAAGAAAAGUGAUUGCGACAAUUUUGGAAAGACUAAUAAUUGUGGAGGUGAAACAAACAAAAUCAUGAACCUUUGUAAACAUAUUAGAAUGUGGAAACUCUGCUUAUGAAUGAAACGCAUCUUAUAGAGGACCAGAGAAAGAAAAAACAUUGAGUAUGAUGCGGAGCAGAGUCCAGGACCACAGUGACAUAUGCAGAUGAUAUCAGUGUACAAUACUUAUCAUUUAUAGUGACCCUUUAGAUGUAGUGUGUGUAGCUGUCAUGUUGUCGGGGGAAGGACGGGGCAGGAACGCGGGAGCCGGAACAAGGGGGAUAGAGAAUGGGGGCUGACCAGUGUUACCAGAUUAUUGUGCUCAGCACAUUUAAUUUUCUGCUUACUGACCCAUAACUCGCAAAAGAACAUUUGUAAGUAACGGUUUUAAUAAUAACUUAAAUUCACUAUCAUUAUUUGUGUGGGUAGGACAGUAUUUGGGUCUGAAACCGAUUAAUGCAAUGUUCUGAGCACGACAGUCUGGUAGCACUGCAAUGGACGUGGGUGACUAGGGUAAAGUGUGGUAAAUUCUAUACUAUUGUCCCUCACGGCUUGGACCAGUUGUGUGUCACUUGAGUACUUCGUUAUAACUUUGUGGUUGAGUAAGGAACUAGUGGAUUCCAAUUGCCUUCUAGGGCCCUUUAUUACCAUGGUUAACAUGCUGUAUCUGACUUUUAAGCUUCUGUAUCGACUCGUAAGACAACACCGACAUAGUAAACGAGGUGAUUACUCUUAAUUCAGCUUAGAUAACUUUUUUUUUUUCAAUGAUUCACGUUUUUCAACCUUUUUAACAGUGCGGCAGAUACGUCACUAAAUUUUCUUGCGUAUUGUUGAAGUAAACAGAAUAUCGCGUUAUUUGUAGUCUGUGGAAAAAUAAAUCAUUCACUCCUGCGUCCCCAAGUUAGAUUGAUCCGAGAACGUUGUCUUACCGUCCGAUAUUGAAGUUUUCACGUCGAGGGCAUCCUUAGAACUGCUUAGCUAUGAGUGUAAGGACAUAGUGUAGUCAAUGUAGCAUACAAACCAGGGUUGAAGGUCUUUUCAAACGUGUAUCAGAAUCUGGUAUGCCUACUGUAAACCCAUGAUUUUCUAUUUUUUCAUUAUAUAAUUUGAAGAUUUUAUUGUAUGCAGAAGGUUGGUAGAAGAGGUAUCACUGUGGGUGUUUAGGGUGACCUUGGAACACUGUACGAUCUCUUGGAAUGGGGAUUACGUCUUUAAGAUUAUGUUAAAAUUUUAUAUAUUUUUGUUUAUGAAUGUUGUUGAGUAUUUUUUAGUGAAUAUGGCUAUACUAGAUUCUUUUUUAUUCUAUUUGGAAGUGUGUUAAAGAGUUAGUGAAGUGUGUGGUGAGAACCAUUCUUCUGACACACACACACACACACACACACACACACACACACACACAGCAUUUGAAUAGGAAAUUGAAUAACAUCUAAAUAUUAUACCCUUUGUACCUGAUUUAAAACAAAAAAAGUUAUUCUGAGUAAUUUAAACAGUAUAUUUGAGUCACACACACACACACACACACACACACACACACAUGCACAUACAGGGAAGAUGGUUCAAUGUCAGAUGUUCCUUCACUCAUAAACAAUCCUGGUUACCUGCAUUGUUGGUAUAUUAUGUUUUUUUAUCAUAUAUUUAAAGAAAUUACUACAGUUAUUUUCCUAUGUCUUGAGUAGCCUUAGCCAGCCACUCCCAGGAUGACACCAUUGUUGUUUUUGUACAAUCACUACAUGUGCAUUAUUUUUUGUUUUUAUUAAUUAUGAGGCGAAGAUGAAUUUAAUCUUUUUAUAUAUAUUUACGCAGCUAUGCAAACAUACUUCUUCGUGCCAGUCCUGUGUUUUGUUUGGUUUGAUUAGUUUUCCGACAAAGUUUGGGGAAUGUGAUUUCGCCAGUAUUGUACUUGUGUGAUAAAUGCAUUCGUAAAUCAACUUCAGGUGAGGCGUGCUUGCAAUUUGUGGCAAUACUACAAUUUCAUUUUAUUUUUAUAUGCGGUUUAUAUAUUUGCAAGCCUUUUUAGUAAUAUGAAAAACUUGGGAGAUGCGAUUUUGCAGCUUGUGUGAUAAAUAUUGCUCCUUGACAUGCAUUUGUAAUUCAACUUCAGGUUUUCUAAGCAUGCAAAUUGUUAGCAAUGAUCUUUUAUUUUUACAAGCCAUAUAUUUACAAUCCAAAAAGGAAAACAAACAUGAUCAUUGUAAAAGUUUAAUUUGAGACCCAAUGAAGGACUGACAUGACUGGUAACUGGUAGAAAACAUGAUCGUCACAAGAGUUUGAUUUUUGACCCGAUGGACUGACAUGACUAGCCUGGUUAGCUGGUUGGCCUCGUGCCCGGCGUUCUUAUGUACGUGUGUUGACAAUUUAGAUGCAGUUCUUUCUAUUUUUUUGUUUGGACUCAUCAAUCAGUAUUAGAAUAUUUUAUAUAUGAAUUUAUUUUGUUAAGAAUGUUAUAAAAAUAAUAAUAAUGAUAAUAAUCAGCUAUAUUAAUUAUUCUUUAGUUACUGAAUAUGUACGGUGCUUGAUUAUACUUCUACUUGUUGGUUUCUUUUAAGUAAUUGAACUUAAUGAACUGAAAGAUUAUGAAUUAUUACCUCUUGUGAAAUUCUGUACAUGAUAAUGAUCUCUUGGCUGUAUUGAUAUAUAAUUAAUAGCUCUGUAUGACUGGUAGAGUUACAUAUUCUUUUGUAGCAAGUAGUUUCAGCCCUGUAAAGAAAAGCAUAUAUAUAAAUGCACUUAUAUAGUCACCAAGGGGUGUUCAGGUAGCCUUGCUUGUACACACAUAUGCAAAGGUGUUCGCGCACGAUAACUUAUGAUAAAGAAAGAGAUAUAUAUAAGUCAAAGUGUCAAGCGUAAUAGAUGAAAUGUUAUAAUAAAUGGUUGGAUGAAUCUUGCUUCCGUCUUUCUCGUUUUUUCAGUCACUUGCAUCGCUCGUCUUGCAAACUGUGGCAGAAAACACGUCUUUGAUCAAAUGUGGGUGUUGCCAUGACCUAUGGGAUGAAUGCACCUACACCCACAACUAAUAAAAAAGAAAAAACAUUUAGACGUGAAAAUUUAUGCUUCUAGAAAGUGGGUUGAUGAAAAAUACGGGGUGAAUGCACUAUACCCUCAACUCAAAACAAAGGAAUUAAAAGUGAAAAUUUGUCUCUAAAAAGUGAGAACAAAAAAAUAUGGAGCAAAUGCACAUAUACCCACAACUUGAACUAAGAAAGAAACAAUUAGAAGCAAAAAUUUGAUUCUUGAAAGAAAGAAAAAAAAACUGGCGUUAGUGCACCUAAGCUCACAACUUAAAGCAACUUGUUUCAAUCUUAAUUCAUGAAGCAACAGCAUUUUGGGGAGAUCUUGCUUGCAUUUUAUUUAAUUUACCAACUAAUUAAACAACAACCUCCAUAUAAUUUCAUCGACUACACGUUUAAUUUGCUUCACUCUUGGCUUGUGGGUCAACAGCAUUUAGGGGCAGCUCUAGCAUAUGCCACACUGGCCCUGCGUCCCGGGGUAAUGAGUUCUUCCCACCACGACCUUAAGGGCCAAUGCAGCGGAGAUGAGCACCGAGGCCACGCGCAGCUAUAGCACAUGCCCCAAACUUUACCUUACUUAUUUCCCUUCACUGCCCCUCCUUAGCUUUGAGUCUGUUUUCUAGUUACAGUUUGCAAGAAGGGAUGCUAAUGGUGCCAAAAUGAAUUGAUGGAACGCCCAAAGUAUUUUUUUUCUCUUCUACUGAGCCUCUCUUCGCAGACUCGUCAUCAUCCAUUGUCUGUCUGUCUAGAUUUUAUACCUGAGCAUCUUGUUGUAGGAGGAGAAAUAAAUAAAAUCAAUAAAUACAGUAAAAGUCUGUUAGAAAUGUCUGGAACUUGCAAGUUAGUUCAUCUUUAGACUUGUGUACAUUUUAUUCUCUGUUUAAUAAAAGGUUUUAUAUUCCAUCACAAACUGUAUGGAUAUUUGUA